AUGACUGAAGGUAUUGUGCAUACAAGAUUUGACGCUUAUCAAAAGUUUAUGUGCAACCACAGCAAUGGAGUGCUCGAUUUCAUCGCGUUGGGCUCGAGCCUGGAUAGCGUCAAGCCGCUUUUGGGUCUACGGUUGGAGAACACAGUCCAUUCGUUGCUCGAGGACUUCGUUUGUAAAUCGAAUUCGCGUUACGCGAAACGAUUUCCACGAUUUAAGAGACUGUUGGACGCGGUGGCUGCGUGGUCUGACUGCUUCGACUCUUCCGCCAAGGACACGAGUGUCAGGCGAGAAAUGAUUAAGCACGCGAUCGAUUAUCUGGUGAAGAACGGCCUGGUGACACAGUUUGGGGACCCAGCCGUUCUCAAUAGCGGCCCGAAUAAAAUGGAUCCAGAGACAUUACCAGAUCAGAACGCCUUACAGAACGUCUGGCGGUUUAUUAACGAGAAGGAUUUCUGGCAGAACCGAGAUUGUGUGGGUACUUCAAAAGGACGAGCAGGAAACGCACAGGUCAAUCAAUCCGUGAAGGAAUUUUCCAAUAGCGAUUUGGAUGUUGAAAUCGGAUCAGUUUCACAAGAAUCUUCAACUUGUUACAAUACCUGUAGAACAGGCUCCGUCUGUUGUCCAGCUAAUAAAAAGAUCGAGAAUGCAAAAUCUGUUCAGGUACAAGUUUGUUGUCAAGACGUCGGAUGCGUCUGCGACUUAAGCGUGAAUAAAGUGGUCAGUCCCAGAAAAGAAACUGUAGAUUGUUUCACCAAUACGCACUGUCCAAGUAUGAAAAAUUUUCAGAAUACCGCGAAUAUCAAAUGUGAUUGUGACAUAAAGAUGAAUAGCGAUAAGUCUGUGCAGACACAAAAAUAUUCUCUCGUAAAAGAAAAUAUUAAGAAAUUCGAUAUGAAUACGCAAUGCGACUGCGAUAAAAAAAUGAAUAAUACAAAAAUCGUGCAGACGCAAAAUACUUGUUUAGCCGGGAGAAAUGUGAACAAAAUUAACAUGGAUACGCAAUGCAAUUGCAUGACAACAACUGACAAUAAUAUGCCUGUACAGACUCAGAUGAGUUCUCCGAGGCAGAAUUUGAUAAAAUGUAACAUGAGUGCACAAUGUGACUGUGUUAUGAAAAUUCCCACAAGAUUCGCACAGACACAAACUAGUUCUCCGAGAAGGAAUACUGAAAAAUUUGAUAUGAAUACGCAAUGCGAUUGUCCUGCAACAGUUAACUGCAAAAGCUUUUCACCGACGCAAACCAGUUCCCCGAGAAGGAAGAGUGGAAAAUUUGAUACCAAUACGCAAUGCGAUUGUCCUGCAAUAGUUAAUUGUAAAAACUUCCCACCGACGCAAACCAGUUCUCUGAGAAGGAAUAUUGAAAAAUUUGAUACAAAUACGCAAUGCUAUUGUCCUUCAACAAUUAACUGCAAAAGCUUUUCAUCGACGCAAACCUGUUCUCACGACGUAAACUUUGUUUUCAAUCGGGAUCAAAAUGCAUUAAAUUCUCUAAACAGAGUGUAUGAAAUUUGCGAUAAACCCAAACCCUUCCCAAGAAAAAUGAACAUGAACAGAUUAAAUGCGAUGCCAUGCGAUUGUAACCCGUUUCACGGAAACUCGAAAUUGAAAGUUCGCGUUCACAGAGCGACCAGCACUAACUGCCCCAGGCUUCGGGUUCCAAGAGUAUCGAGCAUAUCGCUGCCCUGUAGCUCGAGUCAGCUGAUUGUCCGAUUAUUCGAGGCGGAUCCGUCGCUUUCCGACUCAUGUUUAGUUUUGAUGAGAAAGAAAUUCGAGAAGGACAUCAACAACGCGUGUUCCUGCGUGAACGACAUCCUAAGGAAGCUAGGGGACUCUAUGAUAAAGCGGUUAUGCUUGAACUGCGAUAUUCGGCCGGGUCGCGUCGAUUUGAAUCUCGUGUGCAAAGACAAGGGGCCAUCAAAGACCAGAUGGUUUCUCGGUCGAGUUCCGACUUGUAGCAAUGUCCAAAAAUUAAAUAAUUCUUCAGCUGAUCUUAAUAAAUGCAGUGAGCAGUUCAGUGAUCAAUUUGGCUCUUGUCUUGCUUGUCGAUCAAAAAUUCCUACUGUUGAUUUUAUUUAUUGCAAAGGUGGAAUGAAAUGUAAUGAAGAAUUCAAGGAACAAUUAGAUCCUGUUUUGGAUCGAUCCUUAAUGCACGACAAUUCUCGCAAACGCAAUUUGUUUUGCAAUAGACAAGAAAGAAGGAUGGACACGAGGGUUUGUCCCUUUAAGGAACUUCCUGUUGAAUCCAAUUUUUGUAGGGAUAAGACGAAACGCGAGGAAAAAUUCGAUACAGGGCGAACGACUUUCUACCCUGUGUGUUUGACUCCUGACAAACAGAACUGUGUGAAAAACGAAAUUGGAAAGGAGGGAAGAGGAAAGGAGGUCAGUUUUAUAUGGUCUAGGAACAAACAGAUGGAUUUUGUGUUUUCCUCGCGGAUGAAUUUGCAGAGUAACGAUGAUUUUAUUUUCUCCUCCGAGGCGUGUAUCGACGAGGAAAAUUGCGAUAUUUGUAUGAAUAAUGAAAAUUUAAAUAAAAACAGAAAAGGAAGAAUCGUAAAAGAAUGUUGUAAAGGCGAAGAAAUCGAUGCGGAGAGGAUCGGAAUUGGGGGCGACAGAUUUGUAAUAAAGGAUCAUGAGAAUGGAAUGAUGGAACUGUGCGAUUGCAAUUGCAAUUAUUCUUCGGAUAGUUUGAAGGAGAAUUUUUGUAAAGAAGAUAAUUCGGUAACGGAGAAUUGCAAUCCUGGACAAUGUUCCUGCCACAUUUUUUGCGUUAAUAACAGUGAUUUGGGUUCAAGGAAGACUGUAAAUUGCGGGUACAACUUUGAGAAAGAUGAGGACACCAAUUUCGAAAAAGAUCAAGAUUCAAAUUGCGUCUUCUGUCGCUUAUUGCAAGAAAACAGUUCAAAAUUGGAGAACUCUAUUGCCAAAACGGAAGAACACGUGUCGGAAAUUAAACAUGACGUGCAAAAGACAAACGGCAUGAAAUUGGAGCCCACUGCAAAAACGGAAAAUCGAGUGUCGAAAAUGAAACAUAAUGUGCAAGAGACGAACAGCAUAAAAUCGAAGCCUACUGUAAAAACGGAAAAACGAGUGUCGAUAGUUAAAUACAACAUGCAAGAGGCAAAUAAUUCAGAAUCGAAGACUAUUUCGAAAACGGAAGAAAAUGUGCCGAAAAUUGAAUAUAACGUGCAAGGGACAAAUACUUCUAGUUUGGCAAUAGAGCAAAAAGUUUCAGGUCGAGAACGAGAUAAUUCUGUCUCAAAGAACGUUACUUUUCAAGGAUUAGAAGUAAAUUCGUUUUAUCUGAACGAAACGGAGGCUCAUUUGGACGCAGAAAAACAAUACAGCGACGAUUCUAUAUCCCCUGCAUAUCCGAAUUCUUCCGAUAACAGUUUUGAUGCAAAAUGUUCCUAUUGCGGUGUUAAUCUUUCUAAUCCUGUGUUUGACGAGAAUAUUAAUACCGAGAACGAAAAUUCUGAGAAACCAGCUAAUAAGCGUGAGACGCACGGUCUCGUUCCAAAGGCUUCUGUAGUUUUGAAAUCACAGGAACUCAAAGAGAAACAUUCAAACAUUAAUAAGAAAUCAAGUACACUUUCUCUUCAUGAUCAGAGUACAAAUGUUGAUAAUGAAUUAAAAACGGGAACAGAAAAAAUUUCCGAGGCUCCCAAAGAAAAUAUAACUGUGUGCAAUUGUGUUCAAGAAAGCGAAUUUAUUAAAAUUCCUCCAGACUCUUUAAUCGGAAACGAUAAUUCGUCGACCACAGAGUCCCUGUUCGUAUUUUGUAGAUCAACUAUAAAGUCUUCAUCGGUAUCUGAUUUUUCUACAGAAGAUGAAAGCUCCUCUAAUAAGAAUUUCGGAACAACGGAUUACGACGUAUGCAGAAAAUUGGCGAGCAGACGCGCGAUUUCGAGAUGUGAAUCGCCUAAACGGAAGUACUCUACCGUGUGCGCUCCUUCGCAAUCGCAAAAAAAUCGUUUGUUGCGCGAAUCGAAAGUGGCCAGCCGCCUGUGUGACUCUUUCCCAGCGAUCAAUCGGAUUAAAUACUUGAUCCGCAAGAAAUUAGGAAGAUUGUUGUUGGAGGAACGAGAUAAGGGAACCUGUACAUCGAAAACGUUUCUGAGGAACGACAGGUACCUCGUUAGUAUCUCGAGUGGAAAAUUGAAUAAGGGACGGGUGAUUCGUGAUUCCUGUUCCGUCGAUUCCUCGUCCCGCUGUCCAUUCACGGCCAGGAAUCGAUACGAACCUAGCGCGGCGCCCGAGAAGACUUUCACCGAAGGAUGCGCAUUGAAAAAGAACAGGAACGCUUUCAGAGAUAUCAAAACCAGAUGCCAGAGAAUGAUUCGGAGCAACGAUGUGCUUAAGAAGAUCGGCGUAAACGGGGCUUCCGCCUAUCCGGAGAAGUGUGGAUCGAAGUCGACCGACACGCAGGAUCUAAUUGGAAAAAAGAAACUGAAAACUAGAAAUAGGGAAAGUUGUUUCAUUGACUCCACUAUCAACAAUACCAAAACCCGGAAUCAUUUAAGUAUCUUAUCAUUGAAUUCCGGGAGGAUAAUUUUUGUCGAAGAUCACGGAGACCAUUCGUCAAGCCGAAAGUUGUGUCACGAAAAAAAUCGAACUUCAAAAGAAGACAAGAAGUUGACUUUUGAUUCGAAGUUUGGAAGAAAUCAUUGCAAGCGUCCCCUCGGAGGUACGUGCGAGAGCGUGAAAAAUGGGAAGGCAAUGGUCGCAGAGGACAGAACAUGUUCUGACAAACUGAGAUCGUUCGAGAAACGUUUGUUCGAGCUCGAAAGGAAGCGUGAAGAGGAUAUCAACCUCACGAAUUUCCUCGACGAUUAUGAAAGGCGCAUCAGCGAGUUAGACGCGGAUUUCAGAUUGAAAUUGUUGCAAUAUGUGGCGCUCUGUAAGAGUGUCAAACACUCGUUGAUGAAGAGAAUAAAGCCCUAUGAUGUUUAGCUUGAGUUUAUAUUCAAAUCAAUAACCGACGUUUCCGAGUUAUCUUAUUAUUGAGAUUUUCUAUUUGGAAUUUUUAACUGGUUUAGCAUUUAUAAAUUAUGUUAUCCUGAAGAUUUUAAAGAUAUUGUAUUUUAUGUUUUAGCAUAAUAAAAUGUUCCAAUAACUUCGA